AUGCGUGCACCCGCACUCUCGCUCGUUGCUCCUUGUGCGGGUGACCUUGACCGCUGGCGUGUGAAUGAGUUUACCAUUGUCAAUCAUGGAAGUUUUCGAUGCGCGCUUGAGUCCGUGCAUGGGUUGCCUUUACGCUGCGCUGCUGAGCGUUGUCGCGCACGUCCACCGUCUCUCCCUACAUGCCCCGUGUGCGCGCGAUCGCCAUCCCCGCCACAUCGAAUGGCCGCCGGCGCACUUUCUCUCCCUUCCCCGCUGCCCUCCUCUUCCCUCCAUCCUCAUGCGCAUGCGCGCAUAUAUCUGCAACAGAUUCUCAUGCGCCAACGAAUGGACGCUCAGGACAGCGGCGGCGGCGUCUUCGACACCUACGAGAAGCUCCGUCAAGCAAAUUCAGAGAAGCUGCAGACCCUUCUCAGCCGCACCGCCCGCCGCACCACGGCGACAGGUGGCGGGGCGCAGCGUGUAAAGAAGUCUGCCUCCUUGACAGGGGACUACCUCGACUAUGAGGAUGACGCGUUCGCUGACAAGUGGAUCAACCUCGGCAUGGGGCUGAUGGUGGCGCUGGCGCUCGUCCUCUUCUAUGUGCUGUGGUUCACGGACUGGGUACGGUAA